AUGGCUUCUUCUGAAGGACCCGGUCUUAUUGUAAACGGCGGCCAGUCGUCAAAGUCGCCCGCCGCCAUGCUCUCCGAGCAACACGAAAAGCACAACGUCACCAUUGAGGAUGUGGUGGACGAAGAGGAUAUUCUACACCCUCCCCCAUCGUCUGCUGUGAACCCGACUACCAGCCAGUCUUCCGACGAUGUCGCCCCAGCUGCCCCAACGCCGAAGAAGGCCCCCGUGUUUGAUGUGCAGUCGGAAGAAUUGUUCCCGGCACUCGGCGGUGGUCCCAAAUCCAAAGCUGCCGCGAAUGUGCCUGCAGCAUGGGGUGCCAAAAAGCCUGGCGUGACUGCUGCUGCGCCCAAUGGAAGUGCUGCUGCCUCGCAGCCAUCGGCCCCAUCGGAAUUUUCCAGUGUGCCAAAGAUUAUCAGCCUGCCCGGAAAACAUGCUGAGCAACUCCGCCUCGCCCCAUCCCAGAUGCUUCCUCGCAGCCAGCUCAAGAAGCCAGUCAGGGACAUUCUACGUGAUAUUACGAAACGCUCCAAGGCUACUGUGGAUAUGCGCGGUGGCCCCAACGGCUCAAUUAUUUUUGAAGGAAAAGGGUCGGUUGACGCUGUUCGCCAGGCCCUGAAAGAUGUCGCCCAACAAGUUGGUUCCAAGCAAUCCGUCAAAGUGCCGAUCCCGGCCUCUGCGAGAGCCCACAUCAUUGGCCGUGGAGGAGCCGUGGUACAAGAUAUUCAGCAACGAACUGGCGCCCGAGUCCAGGUACCGAGAGCCGAUGAGUCCGCCCCAGGGGAUGAGGAUGAUGACAGCAUCACAAUCGAUGUCUUGAUCGAAGGUGAUGCGGUUGCUGCGGAAAUGGCCCGUCGCGAAAUCGAGGCAAUUGUGAAGGAGCGUGCUUCAAACAUCAACCUACGCUUGAAGUCGAUUCCUCCGGAGUUCUUUCCUUUCAUUGCUGGUGCCCACAACUCGCACGUUAAUGACAUUGAAGAACGCACAAAGGCACAAAUCCGGGUGCCUCGUUACGACACUUGGCUGAAACAGCCACCUCCACAAGAAGCUGGACCUGGUCAAAUUCGCUUCGUUGCCGAUCCAGACAGACACAUUCAUAUUUCGGGUGAACGCAAUGCUGCGCAGGUUGCUCGCGCCGAGAUCGAACGCCGUGCUGCCGAGUUGCAAGCUCAACUCACUUUGCGUCAGUUGGCUAUCAACCGUGGUCAACAUCAGUUUAUUCUCGGAGACAGCCACACUGCUCUUCACGAGUUCCUCGCUGAUACUGGCUGCGCCGUCAUCCUACCUCCUACAUCUGAGGAUAGCGAAUUCUUGACUAUCACUGGACCACCCGAGCACAUUGAGGCUGGUAUUAACCGAGCAAUGGACCUGGCAACAAGCAUGCAAAUGGCUAGCAUUGACCUUUCUCGGCAACAUUCGGCCGCACACGCCAGAGCUCUUACCUCGUACCUUCAGCAGCGCCGGAUUAUCCGCGAACUGGAGCGUGCAUACGAUGCCCGCAUUGUGCUUCCCCAAGCCAUUGAUCGUCCAGUUACUUGGGAAGUUUACUCCCGCGACGGAAAGAAUACUAUUCGAGCUCGGUCCGAUAUCAUGAAUCUUUUACAAGCUCACCCCCCAGCGAGACUUCGCUCCGUUCCAGUUGACCCCUUCUUCCACCCGUUCUUGAGCUCAAGAAGCACCACUCAGUUGAAGGACCAGUACGGAGUUCAUCUCAUUGUUCCGGACGACGUCAACAGCCCUGAAGUCGUCUUGGUCUACGAGGGUCAACAGGAGCCCGAUUCGGAAUUCCAGAUCCCAAGACAGAAGCCUUCGGGAGAGGAACUCGCACAAUUCGAACGCGCUCUUCAAUCCGCACAGGAAUACCUCAUCAGCACCUUGGGUGACCAAACGAACAUCGUUCAAAACUCGGUGCCCAUUCCUGCCAAGUACACCGACAAGGCUCGCAAGUUCAUUGUGCGAGAACAACAGGGCGAUGAUGACUGCAUUCCUGUGCGGGCUAUUUUCCAAGACGCUGAUGUUCACAAUGGUCAGAGGGGCAAUGCUGCCUCUCAGGGCGAAAUUGGUCUACGUGGGCGCUCUACAGAUGUUGACCAGCUUACUGCCAAGAUUCUCGCCUUUAUCGAACAACAGCAGAAGGACGAUCUGGAGCGAGACUACACGAUUAGCUUUGAUUAUCCUCAAAAGUUUGCCAACUUCCUUAUCGGCAAACGGGGCGAGAAUAUCAACAAGCUGCGAGAGGAAUUUGACGUCGAUAUCAAAGUCGACAACGGAAAGGUGGAGGUCAAGGGACCUAAAGCCAAGGCCGAUGCGGCCAAGCACAGAAUUGUUGCCCUGGGCAAGAAAUUGGAAGAUGAGACUACUCACAUCUUGAAAAUCCCCGCCAAAUACCAUCGCGACCUGAUCGGUCAGAAGGGCAGCCAGGUGAACCGACUACAAGACCGCUACAGUGUCCGUGUCCAAUUCCCCCGCGCUGCAGCUUCUCCUGUAAACGACGAUCAAUCUGUGGCAGAUACGACAAGCGAGGUGGGCGGCAGUCGAUUUGCGCGCAACAACCAGGCUCCUGAUGAGGUACACGUCAAAGGACCCAGUAAGGGUGCCGAUGCUGCUCGGGAUGAAAUCCUCAGCUUGCUUCAAUGGGUUGUAGACCAUGCUCACUUGGCCGUUGUUUCAGUAGCCCAGAGCCAGAUUCCAUCUUUGAUCGGCCAGCGCGGCCGUGAGAUGGACAAGCUGCGUGCUGAUACCGGUGCUCAGAUUGACGUUCCUAGCGCCCAGGAUGCCCCUGAUGCUGCAGGACGCGUUGAGAUCAAGAUCAAGGGUACGAAGAAGCAGGUCGAAGACGCCAAGAACAUACUGCAGAAGCGGGCCAAGGAAUUCGAUGCGAUUGUCACCAAGACCAUCGACGUUGACAAAAAGUACCACAAGGCCUUGAUUGGCGGCGGUGGUGCCAACAUUCGCAGGAUUAUCGUCGACGCCGGUGGGCCCGACGACAGCUCGGCCGCUCGCGUGGUCAAAUUCCCACGCACCGAGAGUGACGAAACCACAAUUAGACUCGAAGGCAACGGAUCUGUCGUUGACAAGAUCUACGUGGCAAUCGACGAAUUCGUCAAAGAGCGUGAGGACCAAGUCACGGUCGCUCUGGAUGUGCCUCAGACCCAACAUAGGCUACUUAUUGGACGAGGAGGUGACACGAAACGCGGCCUGGAAAGCCAGUUCAACGUCUCGAUAGACAUUCCUAAGCAAGGAUCUGGACGCACAGAGGUCAAGAUCAGGGGUCCAAGCAACUCGGUUGAGCAAGCAAAGGUCCAUAUCGAAGGCCUCCUCAAAGAGCAGCAAGGCGAGACCGUUCAGGUGCCGCAACACCUACACCAUGCUAUUUCUGACAACGGCUCAUUUUUCAGACGUCUGCGAAAUGAUUACCAGGUGACGGUCGACCAUGCUGGCCAACAACCUCCUGCCAAACCCAGCCCAGUUGACUCGCGCGAGGAAGCUAAUGGAUCCUCUCUUCCGCUCAUCACGGAUGACCCUAACGAGGCCGCAGACACUCACUCAUGGAAAGUAGUUGACAACGCCCCAGUCUCUGACUCGUCGGCUGUGAUCCCUUGGGUCCUCUCUGGCGCGACAGACAACGUCGGCAAGGCCAAGGCGGCCUUGGAGAAAGCUCUCGCCGCGGCAUCGCAGCAAGGUGCCACCGGCUAUCUCAUCCUCCCAGACCCCAAGACCUACCGUUUUGUUGUCGGCCAGGGCGGUAGCCAAAUCAACACCAUCCGCAAAAAGACCGGCUGCCGCAUCCAAGUUCCCAAGGGCCAGGCCAAGGGCGAGGCAAUCGAAAUCAAGGGCUCCAAGACCGGUUUGGACGAAGCUCGCGACAUGAUUUUGGAAGCAGUUCGUGUUGGAUUGGGAUCUCGCUCUUAA